AUGGAUGCUAUCAGAUACUUUGCGCGGUCAUGGUCUUGCUCGCAGCCUGUCUAUCCCCCAGAACUCAUUCCCAUCCGACUAGCUGGCAUCAGACACCAAUUACGCCAGUUCGAGGGCGCAACGCCACGAAUCCUACCAAAGUCAACCAUGAAAGAGCUAUACAGCCUUUGCCCAGCACUUUUCAAUCCUGAUUAUCCCCAAGUCCUCACGAAUGGCAACCUCUCUUUAACUAGCGUUCGCAUUGGCCAACAUACGCCCGAGCUGGCGAGCAUUGUAGACUGGUCUCUUGCUAAGGUUCUUCCGUUUGGAAUGGAUCUUGACAUUCUCUUCUUGACAACGGGCUAUAUGGAUACUAAAGUCUGGAGAGACUACUCGUGCAAGAUGUGGUUUCUCGCUAUCUUCUGGGAUCAGUUUUGGCUUGAUGCUGGCAUUCAAGAUGUCGAAGAACGGACUAGAGUCCGCGCGAUAGCAGAGGCGGCUGCGAAGAUUGGUGCUAUAUUGCGUUAUGGGUUUAGACGUCAAGUUGACGGUGCUGCUGACAAUGUUGUUUCUUGGACUGGUCGUGAUGCGAUCUUGUUGACACAUUGGAUUGGUGGUGAGAACUAA